AUGAACAAGAUUUGUCAUCUCUUUGGCUUCAAGCAACGUAAAUCUUCUAUGUAUCAUGCUGCCGCCAACGGUUUAGCUGAAGCGUUCAAUAAGACUUUGUGUAACUUGUUGAAGAAGGUUGUCUCCAAGUCCAAAAGGGAUUGGCAUGAACGAAUGGAAGAAGCCUUGUGGGCAUAUAGGACAACUUACCGCACACCAAUGCAAGCAACCCCGUACUCGCUUGCUUAUGGAGUUGAAGCAGUCCUACCACUUGAGCGCCAAAUACCUUCUUUACGACUUGCUAUUCAAGAAGGACUCACCGAAGAGGAAAAUGCUCUAUUGCGUCUUGCAGAGUUAGAAGCACUUGAUGAGAAAAGGCUGGAGAUGGCAGAGGGCGAUGUUGGGGUCGAGGCCGUUUCAUCAUAUGUUAGAGGCCGAGCACCGGCAGCUGCUCAAGGUCGUGCUCAAGCAGUAUCUCUCGAUCCGGAGGUGGUUCAUGAGGAUGAGUCGGAUCAUGCUGAUGAGUAUGGACCAGCACAGGAACCACCCAGUUUUAUUGCUACUCCAGCGCUGCAAGGCAUCUUGGUUCAUAUGUUGAGAUGUUUCGGGGGGAUGGCUCAGACUCUAGGGGCUCAGCCAGCUAUUGCCGUAGCUCCCUGUUUCGAUGGUGGGGUAUUGUCUGGUGUUGCACCCUAUUUGGCCAAUAGGCCUGCCGUUGAUGAGCAGAAGAUGCUUGGGAGGUUCUGUAUGACGAAACCUCCGUCCUAG